UGGCUCCCCCUCCCCUGUCGACGCUGUUGAACUAAGACAACCUUAGCACUGCGCUUUGUCCUGCACACUGCACACAUUACAGAAGUACUUCAGAUCAGAAAGAAAAAUACAAUGGGUUGACUGAUGAUAGCCUCACCCGAUGCCUGCAUCGAAUGAUGACCCUUUUGCCUUAUCCCACCCCCCAAAAAAUUGGACUGACGGGGUCUUCUUGCCACUUCCACACAUCUUCCGCAUAUUCCGCCUGAUUUGUUUGCCGAGGAGAAUUAGAGGGAAGACUCACACGACACCCUGCCAAGCCCACCCUCAACCGGUGCUGAAAUUACAAUACCGUUCGUUUGGAGCUGAUGGUCGCAUUCAGCGCCCGACACUACCAGAAAGUAUGGGUGCCGUGUACACAGUAUGCAGUAGAUCUUGGAGUUAUUCUGGUGUGAGUUGUCCGUCCAUCUCGCAAUGCCUUUACCUUCUCCUGGGUUACGACGAAUUGUGUGUAUACGUGAUAGGUUCCAGAAACUCCUCUUCAGCACCUGACCCGAUCGACUGCGAUCCUACAGCUGCUUAGAUCCUGUAUUUAGUCAAUAAUAUAAUAUACUUUAGCUAUGAGUCCAUGUCAGUCCAACAGCAAGAACUGAUCGAAUGAUAAGCC